UCUCGCGACCGGAGGUGGCUAACUGGAACGCUAGUUAGCUCAAUGCAGACUUGAUGAGAAUUAGAAUUUUCUACAGUCGUUCCGCGGCAGCUUCUCCAGUAGUGGAAAGGACGUCUGUCUAGUCUCCACUUUGUACUUGUUAAGCCGGCUAAGCAUUUACGGAGGAAGUUUUUAUUUGCAUUCGCAGGAGAGUUUCCGUUUUCUCACGUGCAUCAUCAGAAAAAUGGAGAUUUCUCCUGAGAUAAAAUCAAACAGCUUUCUGCUGGACGCUUCUCUGCUGUAUAAGGAUAGCUGCCCGGAGUUAUCUCGCUUCUACAUGCAGGGGUCUUUGAAGGCUAACGGACCUGUGAAACAAAAGUUCUCCAGUAUGCUGCACAACACUGGGGUGUGUCCGUACUGUUGCCAGUGGCUCCACCCUGACAAUCACCAUGUGCGGCUGAGGCCCAAGCAGCGUCCAUCAGCACGGGUGAAAAGUGUCCUGCUCAGGAAGGCCAGAGGCAAACGGCUCAGCCUGGUGCAGAAAAACCUGCUGUGCCGCUUCCAGAAGUCCUCGUCGGUACUGAUGGCCACCUGCCAUGCCUGCAAUAAGACAUCCAGGUACAAGGGGGUGAACAGGGAUUUUAUAGCUACCUUCGCUAAGACCCACAACACACCAGGGAGUGCUGGCAAGCACAAAACCCCACAGUCAACCAGCAGAUCCAGCAUGAAUGCCCACAAGACUCCUGGCAAGGACAGGGCGCCUGCUCAUACACCGAGAUUCUCCUCCUCCUCCUCCACCUCCACCUCCACUACUACCACUUCAGGAUCAGGCUCGGGCUCAGCUUCCUCCAAGCCUCCUAAAAUUAGAAACUGGUUUGUCCGACAUCUAAGCAAGAUUCUCCAGCGAGAGGACAACCAGGGCACCAAGAAGGGGGGCUUGAAAGAUUUUCUCUCCUCACUUUGAGCAUCUUAAGAUUAUAUGCGCUUUAUCUUUGUGAAUACUCUUAAAAAGCAAAGAAAUGGGAGGAGGCCCGUGUCGUAAUCUGUGUAAUCCAGAGCAUCAGAACUUGAGAAACUAGUUGAGUUUCCAAGCCAGUGAAAAGGCACACAGUUUGUCCAACAGCGCGACAGUUGCUGGGCGGAUUGGAGCGGCGCUCCUAGAAUCCUGAAUUGUAACCGGGGGCACCGAGGUCGCUAUUUCAGCUGUCAGUCAGUUUCUGCAUCUUCUGCACAGUCAGAAAGACGGGCAGACUUCUUUUCAUCUAAUUUAACACGUCCCCCGUUUGUAAACUCCCGAACUGUGGAUGUUGAAGGAUUAUAAAGUAUUUAUUUAUCAAAUUGCCGAAGCAUCACAGGAAAUCCGGCUUUUCUCUGUGGGGGCAUUUGUGGCAUGACGAGCUGGUUUACAUAUUAAUUUUCUCCAUUUUCUAAUGUUACAAAAAUAGAUUUAUAUAGAAAAUAUAUACCUUUAACUACAAUUCAUGCUAUUUGAUGUUCAAACUUUUGUAUUUGAUUUAUUUACUUAUUUCAGCUUUCAGUUCUCUCCAGUGGGAACAUUUUUCUGUUUGUUUGUUUUUUUAUUACAAAGUUGAAAUAUAGAAGUGAUAAAUGUAAAUAUCUCAUUGUUACAUAUUUGUAAAUGCAUACAAAUCAAUCACCAAUGAAAAUAUUUGAUUAUCAUUCAGAAUGGGACUCACCAGUCACUGUUUACAAUGAAAAGGCACAUCUGCCAAACAUCUGUAGACUUACAAUUAGUGUCAUCUAAACUUUACAUUUUCUUUUGAUACUUUCUUUGGCUACAUGCUUUUGCACCAUUGCUCUAUUAAAUAUGACUUGUGUGUUUUUUGUAAUGUCUGAUUACUUACGGUUGUAGAUUAGCUGUUCAGUGAACACACAUUUGUUUAAAUCCUGAAAUACCUCACAUUUAUAUUUCACUGUGAAAUACCUGAAAUAAAACUGUGACUUUCAGUCUGUGAA